GGGUUAAAGAUAACACGCUUUGCAAUGGCGGGAGACCCCCUGCAGAGGGAGAGGAAAGUCAUGAACCGGGUUGUUCGAGCGACGAACAGCCAUUGCGCUGUAUUGGCUAUCCUGGAAAACCCGCCAUAUUGGUUUCAUUACUGCAUACAUUUGUUAACUUCGUGAAUAGAAAAUAGGGGUCGAAAAUCGAAAUUAAGGAGCGUGUAGAAUGUCCUAUCACACGUCCCUGGAACACAACUAUGGACAACAGUUAGCCAAGCCUUUGCACAUACAGCAGAUCGAAAGUGCUCUGUGCUUGGAACCAUUUCUUACUCAUGUGGAAAAAAUCAUUAACGAGCCAGCAACGCACAGCGACCCAUAUGACAGCUCAGACAGUGAAUAUGACCUCCUCCAGCCCUGUCUCCGUGACGACGAGGGGAACAAAAUUCUCAAUGGCAUUACCAUCACUAAAGCCGAGAGAAAGGCUGAUAAAACCAGACUAUAUAAUUUUAGUCGUGUGAAAAAAGGAAGAAAAUGGCUAAAGAAUAUCUUGCUGAGUGAUAGUUCCUCGGAUGAAGAUGAAGAAAAAGAAAUCAGACAGGAGGACCUGCAUGCGAUGCUCAAGAUACAUAAACACCAAAGGAAGCAUCAAAUGCAGUUCUAUCAGGAUAAUGAGCUUCAUCAGUUCCAGUACUACAGUACAGGUUUGCUCUCAAAUUUUGACAAGUAUAAUGAUCACCAGAAAUCAUUCAUUGGGCCAAAGAGAAAAAUAUCCAAAGACCAGAAAAAAAUGGAAAGGAAGUUGAAAGUGAAAUUGAAAAAACUGAAAAAAGAGAAACGUUUAGGAAAUGGAGACGCAGAACUGGACUUGGAUCCUGAACUGAUAGAGGCAUUCUUGGCCCACAAGAGACAAGCUGCUUCUAAGUCGGCAAAAGUGAAAAAGUUGACUCCCGAACAGGCAGAUGCCAAACGAAGGAGGUUAUGGAUCUCCAUUGCCAAGAAGGAAAUACCCAAGGCACAAAAACAAAAAGCUUCAGCCAGGAAAGAAAUGUUGCAGACAUUUAAGAAGAUCGGUCAGCAAUGUAUGCGAGAGUGCAGAAGAGCUGCCAUUCAGUCACAGAAAACCAUGAAAGAAAUUCCGUCUCGUGCAAAAAGAUUGUCACGUGAAAUGCAGACCUACUGGAAACGUUUUGAAAAAGUAGAGAAGGAACAUCGGAAAAGGGCAGAGAAAGAAGCUCAGGAACAGAGGAAGAUGGAUGUAGAACUUCGGGAGGCUAAGCGACAACAAAGGAAGCUCAACUUCCUGAUCACACAGACUGAGCUUUAUGCUCAUUUUAUGGCAAGAAAGAUGACUGGAGAAGGCGAGACUCGCAAAGAUAAAAUCUUACGUCAGCUAGAUGAGGCACGACCACAGAAAGACAUUGAGGUGGACGGUGGUGUUUUGGUAGAUGUAGCCUCAGAUGACUAUGAUAGUGAUCGAAUGAAGAAUCUUGCUUUGAGGAAUGCUGAGGAUGCUUACAAAUCCCACAGAACAAAGAAUGCUACAUUCAACAGCCGUACGUCUAGCAAAUCAAUGUAUGAUCCAUCGGAAUCAAGUUUUGCCAACCCAUCAAUUAGCACCGAUGUUGACCGACCACAGCCCAAUAUGUUUGAAGGAACUUUAAAAACUUACCAACUCAAGGGAAUGAACUGGCUGGCUAACCUUUAUGACCAGGGGAUAAAUGGUAUCCUGGCUGAUGAAAUGGGACUUGGAAAAACUGUGCAGAGUGUUGCAGUCCUUGCUCAUCUGGCCGAGACUCAGGGAACAUGGGGUCCAUUUCUGGUUGUGGCACCAGCUUCAACACUACAUAACUGGCAGCAGGAAAUAGCACGAUUCGUUCCCAAGUUCAAGGUUGUGCCGUACUGGGGUAAUGCCACAGACCGUCGAGUCCUGAGAAAGUUCUGGGAUUCCAAAUGUCUGCACACAAAGGAUGCCUCAUUUCAUGUUGUCAUCACCAGUUAUCAGCUUGUAAUUCAAGAUGUAAAGUACUUCCAGCGUAUCAAAUGGCAGUACAUGAUCCUUGAUGAGGCUCAAGCUCUCAAGAGCAGCAGCAGUGUAAGGUGGAAAAUACUCUUGGGAUUCAAUUGCCGCAACAGACUACUGUUAACAGGAACGCCAAUACAAAACAGUAUGGCAGAGCUUUGGGCAUUGUUACAUUUUAUCAUGCCUACCCUGUUUGAUUCCCACGAUGAGUUCAACGAAUGGUUCUCAAAAGAUAUUGAAAGUCAUGUGGAAAAGCAAUCUGGGAUUGAUGAAAAUCAAUUAUCAAGACUUCAUAUGAUCUUGAAACCGUUCAUGUUGCGGAGAGUUAAAAAGGAUGUUGAGAACGAGUUAUCAGAUAAAAUUGAGAUCUUGGUGUAUUGCCCACUCACAUUGAGACAGCGGAUGUUGUACCGGGCCAUCAGGAACAAGAUCUCUAUCGACGACCUACUGUGUAGCACGGCUGCCAAUUCGUCCCAGUCUCAGAACACCACUAGUAGCCUAAUGAACAUUGUCAUGCAGUUCAGGAAGGUGUGUAACCAUUCUGAGUUGUUCGAGAGACGGGAGGUCAGGUCUCCUCUCUACAUGACAGGGUUAUCCUACCAAGUGCCAAAACUUGUAUACCGUGAAGGUAUCCAGUAUUAUGCUGUCAACAGUAGACAGAGACUGAUGUACAGUACAUUGUAUAUACACUCACCGGACAAUGUCCAUGAUUCACUGUCGUCUGGGUCCAGUGUCAAUAGCUGUUUCUCAUUCUCCAGGUUUAUCAACUUGUCCCCCAAGGAACUUCAUGCCCAUAUGGCUGGUGGUAUUCUAGUUAGGUGGUUAGCACUUUUUCUAAUGCUAAAGAUGGAGUACCGGAUACACCACUCAGGAGCCUGGCCUGGCAAAGUCCCGAAAUGUAAAAGACACUGUUUGGAUAGGACCAGUCUGUACUUGGCUCCCCACCAUCCACUGUCACAUCCUAGCCUGGCCAAGUCACAAUACCUACGCCACUUAGUGUUCAUCACAGCUGCUUCCCCGUUCUAUUCCUUCACAACACAUGAAUACCACUGUAUGCAGGAGACCCAGGGCCACCAAGCAAUCCGGUUACGCAAUCUCCGGGCUAGUCAUAUGGCAAAGAAAAAUCCAUUAAGUCCUCCUCAUUCACCAACAAAAGCCCAUAAGCAUUUGGAGGCUUUGGAAUUGCCUGUACACAUUCACCAAUACCGAGAGCCUGUGUUGUACCCAUACCAGCCUACAGACAUCCCAAGCUGCCUCUACUACACUAUGCCGAAGAUCCAGGUGAGUAGUCCUAAAUGGGAGACAUGUGACAGAAGUGGGGCGUGGCAGGCCCUUAAGGAGAAUCUGUGUGGAACACUGGAUGCCCGCAACAGUCUACUAUAUGGUACACCAGAAAUUUACACUCGGGUCCGCUGGUUUAACCCCUGGAAUUUUACCUCAACAGAACCUGGCGGUAUCUAUGCUGUCCGACCAAAACAUGGCUGGUUUGGUAUCUAUGCUCCAGAUAAGGAAACACUUGUUGCUGAUGCUGGAAAGCUGUUCGUUCUGGAUACUCUUCUACAGAGGCUUAAGACAGAGGGUCACAGGGUGCUCAUCUACUCACAAAUGACCCGUAUGAUAGAUCUGCUUGAGGAGUAUAUGUGGCAUCGGAAGCAUACCUAUAUCAGACUGGAUGGAUCCUCGAAGAUUUCGGAGCGACGUGACAUGGUGGCUGAUUUCCAGAAUAGAACAGAUAUCUUUGUCUUUCUUCUGAGUACACGAGCUGGUGGUCUGGGAAUCAACCUCACUGCUGCUGACACUGUGAUAUUCUACGACAGCGAUUGGAAUCCUACUGUUGACCAGCAGGCUAUGGACCGUGCCCACAGACUGGGACAGACCAAACAAGUCACUGUCUACCGACUGGUGUGUAAAGGCACCAUAGAGGAGCGUAUACUUCAGCGGGCCAAGGAAAAGAGCGAGAUCCAAAGAAUGGUGAUCAGUGGUGGAAACUUCCGUCCUGAUGUACUCAAGCCGAAGGAAGUUGUCUCCCUUCUGAUUGAUGAUGAUGAAAUGGAAUCUAAAUUAAUGUCAAGGCAGGAUGAAAAGAAAAUAAAAGAGGAAGGAAACAAGGAGAAAGAUAAAAAGAGGAAAAGGGAAUCCUAUGGACGGAAACGUGAAAUGAAGAAGUCGAAGGCGGAAGAGGUGAAUUUCACAAUAGCUGCAGGUGAUACAGAGUCUGUGGCCAGUGUCGACUCGACUUCUGUACCAGCCAGUCCACAAAGUGUUGUGUCUUACGGGAGUGAGGUCAUGCAUCAGUCCAGUCUCUAUGGUGCAGAUGACAGUAGCAAUGACGGCCUUGUCAUUGUGGAUGAUGCACAUUCAACAUAUCAAGGUAAUCUAACUCCCACAACCAAACGAGGGAAGAGAGGUCGUCCUAAAGGUUCAGUGUCGGGCACUGGCCGACGCCCACGUGGGAGAGGCAGUGUGAGAAAGGCCCUGAGUGCAGCGGAGAUAGCUGGAGCACAAGCUGGCAUGACUGCAGCAUAUGCAGCAUACGGAUAUAACUUUACAGGUGCAGCUCCCUCUCCCUCCCGAGGUCCUGGUCCUGUUGGGGCUCACCUGUCAACAGACUCACCAAAGUCCAGUUCCCCUGUGCCAUUACCACCUCACUCCAAACCUCCCAGCUGAUGUUUGCCUCACUAGGCUCACUGCACAGUUGUAUUUGCUCAAGACUUCAAUCCAAAUCCGUGACAUGUGGUCAAACACCCAAACAUGUCAUCCAGGUGUGUUCACUGGAGUUAUCUUCAUUUGAGAGAUGGAGACUCGAAGACAAUAAACGAUAAUGAAAUAGGAAAAGACCUAUCAGUAGUUAUAUUAAGCUUUGAUAGGCCUUGACCAAUGGCUGGACUGUGUUGCCUCUUAAUGAAAUGUAACCCCUGAAUGUGUAAAAAAUUCUCAAGGAAGUGCUUGCUUAUUGUGAUAAGAAGUGUAUGUGGUGAAAGUUUACAGAAUGAAAUCAGGAAGGAAUAUAGGAGAUUCAGUCCGAUUAUCAUCACAGUCGUUUUCAGGAGUUGUGAUGAAACUAUCCCACUCCUCACAUAUAUUCUUUAUUUGUUAAAUAAUAUACCGGUAGUACUGUACCAACUGAAUUUUAAAAACAUUGAUAUAUCAUUUAGUUCAAAUCUGAUAUGUAUUAAAAUACAUUUAUGAACACUCACAGAACACCAUCUGGUACAAAAAUUCUUGUAUUCAUGAAUUAUUUAUGGACCAAAUCCAGUAAUAAAUUCCUUGGGAAAUGGCUAUGGAAAAUCUAACCAAUCAGAAGCAUCUGAUGAUAAACAGUGCAGCGAACUUGAAAUACUGUUUCUAUUUUCCGGCUGAAGAAAAGCUUCAUUGAUAGAUGCAUUUUGAUUGAUCAAUAAAAAGGUGAAUAUUUAUGUCAAAGAUAUUUAAGCUAGUGCUCCCACUGGUCAAACAAGUGAAAUAUAGAGAAAACUCUGUGGGGGACGAUGAUGGCGGAACAUUAGAAACAAUUAAACAGUUACUUGGAAAACAGUGGAGUGUAUAUAGAUAGCACUACAUAUUAAAAAACACCUAUCAUAAAACACAUGUUAUUUACCCAGUGAGGUGAGAGUCAUUGAAUGCUUUGUUAGUAAACAAUCUCUCUGAUGUUCUGAAAAGAUUUGUUAAUGGAAGUAAAUAGAUAGCCUUAUCUUAGUAGAGCUUCUAACAUUGGACAAAGUUUGGUAUUAACAUAAAGCACAGAAUCGAGAGGUUUGCCUGUAUAACCAUACUCUUCAGAAACUAUAUGUACAAUAGUGAAUACAUUGUAUACCACAAUGAAAUGUUCACUCUUUUAUCAAUAACUCUCCAGUGCUAUAGCAAAACUUUACAGUAGAAACAUUAAUAUGUAGAAAGCACUGCUUCAAGUCAAAGUAUAAUAAUUUGAAUAUUUUCAGUAGGAAGAGUAUAUCGAUAAGUCCAGUGCUAUUAAUCAAUAAUUCUAGAGUUCAUGCAAAGUUUGGAGGAUGGAAGUUUUACCCAGGACAUUUCGUAUGCAAUUUUGUGUUAGAAGCUAUUAUUUUCAUAAAAGUGUCCAAGAUAUAUCAUGGAAUACCUGACUGAUAUCUCUUCAGAAGACUCAGUCAUUGCUCUAUGAUCAGAUAUGGCACAGCACUACACAUAUUUGGUAGUGAAGUUAUUUAACUGCUCAAACAUUGUGUCAUCAUUACUGUUUAUAUGAAAUCAUGUGAAGUGUUGUCAUUUCAAAUGUGGAAUACUGACCUGUCAGUGAGUUUGGUUAUUUAGAUUCAGAUACCAGAAACAAUUCUAAACAGUUUUAUUGCAAGAAAUCACAUGAAUUCUGAAAUAGUUUUAAAGUAAGAUUUCUGGUACAGUGUAUUUGAUAUUAAUGAGAAAUAAUCAACAUAUUAAGGUAUUUUAUUAACACCAGCGCUUUGUUUUAGCCCGUAGUACUUUGUAAUUACAUUGUAUUAAUUAUAUAUAAGUUAUUGAGAAUCUAUAUCACCAUAAUCAUGAUGAAAGUUAUCUCUUAAUGUCUUGUAAGAAUAAUUCACAGCUUUAAACAAGAGAAUUCUUAUCAGUAGGCUAUGUCACAGGUGCCUGCAUCCAGUUAGUAAAUAUUUAUCAAAAUAUUAUCUUCGUCCUGUAGGGUGAUAAUAUUUUUCUUGAAAAUGCAGACACUUGUAGCUACAUCUAACAUCUGCAAACAUAUUUUAAAAUGUUUUGUUAUUUUUAGCUCACCUGUACAUGUCCAAAGGACCAAGGUGAGCUUUUGCCAUAAUGUGGCAUCCUUCGUCUGUCUGUCAACAAUUUAACAAAAAUGACUUCUUAUUUACUGAUUGGAAUUUAACCUAAAUUGACUGUAGGCAUCUGUAAAUAUGACUAGUAACAUCUUAAAAUGAUGGGGAUUCAAAAGCUACACUGCCAUUGAAGUCUAAGAUGUUUCACCUUAUUAAACCCUCUUUUGGAUGAACGACAGGUGAGCGAUACAGGCUCAUUGGGCCUCUUGUUAGUGCUCAAGUUUUUGAAUUAAAUAUUAUCUUUAUAAUGACACAUGUAGAUAAUGUUUCUAUUUAAAUUAAUAAUUGUGUUCAUGUAAAUCGUUGUGGUUAGGAAAUUCCGUGGUUUUAUAUUUUUUUAUUGGGAAUGCUAUAUCUUGCAUUUGAACGUUUUUGUCUGAACUGAAAUAGUAAAUGUAAAAUCCAGAUCAUAUACAAACACAUCAAAGUGAUUUGUCUUUUAAUGUAACCUUAUAGAUAUACAAAAAUUAUGAACAAAGAUUAUGAUUUUGUGAUCAUUUUCAUAUUUUAGAUAUUAAGCUCUUGUGAUUAACUAAGUGUUAAGCGCGAGGUCAUCUGAACAUGACCCUUUACUGGCCAUCGUCAGAUCUUCAUAACAUAGUGUAUUAAUGAUGAUCUGUAUUUUAAUCAGGUCACAUUCAGCUUUUUUUUUUUGCUGUUGAAAAUGUUCAAAUUACUUAAAAAUCAGGAGAAAACUAUCAAACAAAGCUGUAGAUAUAGUGCUUUAGUGUGAAAGACAUAUGGAGAUCUUGUGAUAUUGUCGGAAACUGAAAUGCACUUAAUGCGCUUUGCAUAUUUUGAAACAAAAAGUGUGUCUGGAGAAUAUAAUUGGAAAAAAAGCAGGAUGUUGAGAGCAGUACAUAGCUUUUGGAUAUUUUAAUGUUUCCAGUCAUUAAUUCUAAAUAAAUAUGUGUUCAUGUCUUUCGCAUUUUAUACUAAAAUGAUUGAAAAUGAAAUAUAUUAUACAUAGAUAAAAAGUGGAUCAGUAAUUGUGAUAGAUUUGGUUUCUAGAUACCGAUGUUAUCAUUAUAUAUUUACGAUAUGUAAAGUAACAAAAAUGUGUGAUAACACUUUUAACGACAGCCUAAAUUGAUGUAAUACAUGUAUAUAAAUGCAUCUGUAUCAUUUCAAAAGUAAAGAUGAAUGUGUGCAGACUCUAGGGCGUGACACAGAUCCUUGCCCCACGAUCUGUAUGUAUAAUACAUCGUGUAUAUGGGCUGUGUUGUGGUGACCUGUGGCCUGGCCCGGUAGUUUUUACAAUUGUAAUUGUGUAUAGGGAUGUGACACAGAUCCUCGCCCCACAAUCUGUUUGUAUAAUACAUCGUGUAUAUGGGCUGUGUCGGGGACCUGUGGCCUGGCCCGGUAGUCUUUACAUAUGUAAGUGUGUAUAGGGAUGCGAUACAAAUCCUUGCCCCACGAUCUGUAUGUAUAAUACAUCUUGUACCCCAGUAUAUAGGCUGUUUGGUGGUGACCUGUGGCCUGGCCUGGUAGUCUUUACAUAUUUAAGUGUGUAUAGGGAUGCGAUACAAAUCCUUGCCCCACGAUCUGUAUAUAUAAUACAUCAUGUACCCCAGUAUAUAGGCUGUGGUGGUGACCUGUGGCCUGGCCCGGUAGUCUUUACAUAUUUAAGUGUGUAUAGGGAUGCGAUACAAAUCCUUGCCCCACGAUCUGUAUGUAUAAUACAUCGUGUAUAUGGGCUGUGGUGGUGACCUGUGGCCUGGCCCGGUAGUCUUUACAUAUUUAAGUGUGUAUAGGGAUGCGAUACAAAUCCUCGCCCCACGAUCUGUAUGUAUAAUACAUCGUGUACCCCGGUAUAAUAGACUGUGUUGUGGUGACCUGUGGCCUGGCCCGGUAGUCUUUACAUAUGUAAGUGUGUAUAGGGAUGUGACACAGAUCCUCGCCCCACGAUCUGUAUGUAUACAUCAUGUAUAUGGGCUGUGUUGUGGUGACCUGUGGCCUGGCCCGGUAGUUUUUACAUAUGUAAGUAUGUAUAGGGAUGCGAUACAAAUCCUCGCCCCACAAUCUGUAUAUAUAAUACAUCGUGUAUAUGGGCUGUGUGGUGGGGACCUGUGGCCUGGCCCGGUAGUCUUUACAUAUUUAAGUGUGUAUAAGGAUGCGAUACAAAUCCUCGCCCCACAAUCUGUAUAUAUAAUACAUCUUGUAUAUAGAUGUGUGGUGGUGAUCUGUAGUCCGACCCUGUAGUUUAUAUGAAAUACACAGAUCCUCACCACACAACCUUUCUGUAUGUAUUACAGGCGGUCUGGUGUGGACAUGUAACUGUGUGCUGCAUCAGACAUGAGAAAAUAUGCAUUAGAUUUCUUUGUGAUAAACUUACAAAUAAAUUUGUAUUCUGAUAUA